AACCUUUUCUUGUAACCUCUUUAGGUAAACAAAAUAGAGGCCUUGUUGCCAGAAAAAUCUUGGACGGAAAUGGAAUGUUGGGUACCAUUGUUUCAGAUAUUCUUGAACUCCCCUUGUCCAGAAACCGAAGCAUCUAUGUGGUUACAACAAUCUUUCAACAAGCAUGAGGCCACCGCCAUUUCGACGACCUCCUUCCUCUCACUGCUCACCAGACCCACCCAGAUCACCAUUAUCGGUUCUCCUUCUCCAUCUCACACAAAACGGGUUGUGUGGAUACAGACUCUACCGAAUGCUGUUCAGGCUCGCAUUUUGUCAUUUCUUCUUUAUGAUUGCCGGAGAUUUUGUGAAACAGACUUGUGUCAGCUUGCGGAAACUAUGUUGAAGGAAGGGAUAGAGCUUGAUUUUUGGGUUAAGCGGGCUGCACAUCAGCUGCUUGACGUUGUGUCUAGGUCAACACAUGAAUGGUUGUCCUGCUUGAACUUGGAUUCUGAAGAACAAAUGGAGGAUGAGUUUAAGUCGUUACCUGAUUGCCUUAAGGAUAAUGUGAAUGAAACUGAUUUGAUGCUUCCCUGGUUGCCUAUAUCACAGAAACAGUUCAACAUGGCUAGGCAAUACAAUAGUUGUGGUAAAAAUGAUCAUCAUCAUAUGACUGAAUUUGAGGAGGAUAAACGAGAAAUUGUGGAUGAAGUCAUUGAGGAGGUUGAUGAAGAAAUGAUUAAGGAGGUAGAUGAAUACUUGAACCCUCAAGUUGAGGAAAUGGCUGAGCGUUUGAAAGAGUCGUUGUUGUCUCUUCAAUCUACUGCUAAGGCUGUGGAAUUGGCUGGGGAAAUUCGGCAACUUUGUAAAGGAGGUCAGUCUUUGGCUAUUUUGGGUAUUAUUGAACCUUGGAGAGCUGAUGAUGAGACAGCUGCAGUUUUAGUGUCCAAUCUUCUAGAUGGGAAUGAAGAUGAACUUGGUUGGCCCAGUCACGUUCUUUGCUCUGUUAUUCUUCCCAAGUUGUUGGUUUUGAAAGAACCAUCUUCUCGUGUAUUACUAACGGCAUCGGUAGAGUACUCUAAGGUUCAUCAGAGAGCUGCAGAGUAUGCGCUGCUAUUGCCCCUGAUACUUAGAAUGGAUGGCAUAAAUAGCGCUAUUUGUGAUGUUAUAACAAGGAUAGUUAGAGAAUCUUUGCACCCAGGCCAUGUUUCUGCCUUGUGCCAGAAACUUCUCAGUGACGAAGACGAUCUGAAGAAAUUCAUCUGCCAUCCCUAUCAUCAAUGCUUAAUUGGCAAUAAAUUGGUAUGGACAGAAUCGUUAUUCAAUUUGAUGCAAAAUAUCCUAAAUCAUAACAUUCAUUUGACUCAGGACUCAGUUGAUAAACUCACUCGGCAUGCUUGGGAAUCUGCUCACAGGUUUUCAAAGUCUUUGAAGUUUGGGAACUUUUUAUUAUGUUUUAUUACCAAAUGUUCAUCUAUGUUGAAGUACCAAAAGUUCUUACUCAUAGAAGCCACUCAACAUACUAAUACUCUGGUGACCAAAUCUGUGUUGUCAAAAUUGUCUAGUUUGUAAGUGGCUCUAUACCAAAGAGCUAUGUAAAUAAAUUAUUGUUCUUUAAUCAGACCAUCUUUUUGGACCUAGUUUAUGUAGGAAGACGAUUUCAAACAGGUUUGCUGGGCAAUUAACCUGAUUCGUAAUACAGAUGGUGUUUCUUAAUAGUUAUUACCGUAUCAGAAUUUUGUAUUUGUGAA